AUGACUCAGACUCCAAUAACCGUUUUUGUUCGUAUGCGACCAACGCCACGAGUUUCAUCUGAUAUUAUUCUGGACCCGAAUAAGACGCAAAUGAUAGUUAGGAAUACAGUUCUCCCUGGCGCUAGUACUCUCAACUUUACCUUUAAUUACAUCUUCCACAGCGCAUCACAGGAAGAGAUAUUUGAUUCGGUUGGAAAGCCAGCUGUAGGGAAUGCUCUUGAUGGUUAUAACUCGACUAUUUUUGCAUACGGUCAAACCAGCGCAGGAAAGUCCUUUUCGUCCAUUGGUGAUCAUUCGUUCACAUACAAAAAUCGAGGACUUCUCCCACGCAUUCUCGAGUUCAUGUUUCAACAGAUCAAUGCACGUCAUGGCUUCACCUUUGAUCUUCAGUUUUCUGCGUUAGAAAUAUACAACGAGCGAUUAAUAGAUCUUUUGUCAAACGAUAGCACUAAGCACCUCUCUAUUUCUGAUAUAGAUGGUGCCAAUGGACAAUCAAUCAGCAUUAAAAACCUGUCCAUUCACUCUGCAGAAACAUUCGAUGCCGCCCUUGAGCUUGUCUUUGGAGCUGAAAAUGUUCGCUCGAUCGCAGAGUCAUCCCUUAAUAUGCAAUCAUCUAGAGCCCACUGUAUCUAUACUAUAUAUCUUAAGCAGCGCAGCCGUGUCGAUGAGACAGCACCAACCAUGGUAACCAAGCUCAACGUGGUCGACUUGGCUGGUUCCGAAAGAGCUAGUGCGUCUAUCUCUGUGGAUGCAACGGGAAAUUUCAUCAACAAAAGCCUCACGUUUCUAGAGCAAGUUGUCAACUGUCUCAAUCAAAACGCUGCGCAUGUUCCGUAUAGAACCUCCAAAUUAACCCAUAUAUUGAAGGAUUCUAUUGGUGGUAAUUGCAAGACCUAUUUGCUGGCCUGUAUUCGCCCGGAACCAGAAUUCCUCUUAGAUACCAUCAGUACUCUGCGUUUUGCCCAGCGAGCCUCCUUUAUUAAGAAUACUUCUAGUAUCAAUCUACUUAAUAGAUACUAUGAUAGCUUACCCAAUCAAACGACAAGUACAGUACUAAAUCAACGAGACCUCAACAGUAUCAUAGCUACAGCUGUGGCAGAAGCCCUUGAUGCAAAAUCAUCUGAUGUGAAGAACACAUCGAAUUUUGGCCCUGUAUUGUCUAAAAUAAUAUCAGAAUUGGAGAUUGAAAACAAAAGUCUGAAAACCGAGAACCUCCUCCUAUCCAGUGGGUCUAAAAGCCUUUCUAGUACAGAAGAAGGGCAGCACAAGCUCAAGCAAGUUAUGGACGAAUGGAUUGAUGGACGUGCAAAAGUGCCAUCAGACAUUUCCUCUAGGGAUGACUAUAUCUUUUGCUUAACAUACUUACGUGACUGUGUCGCAUCUGGAAAGCCUGUACAUACAGUAUCUUUACUCAACGCAUCGGGAUCAGACGGCUCUUCUUUACAGCAUACCUCUGCGGCAGAUCUUGCACAGACCAAAAAGACUCGGGGAUCAGCUGAUACACCAGCAAAGACAGAACAGAGCGCAAAGCUUCAUGGAACUGUCGACGAAUCGGUUGUGAUGUCAAUUGGAGAGGCUGAUGCAGAAAUGAUUGCUCGAACGUUGGCCAAUUUAAACACUUGGAAGGGUGGUUUGAACACCACUCUAGUGUCCACUACAGGAGCACCUGCUCCUUUUGCAGCAAUACAAGGAGAUCAGCCUCAGGCAGAACCAGAGGAUGUGGUUGAAGACUUAGCAGAUAAGAAGUUUCAAGAGUACAUCUCAGCAGGGGUGGGUCUAGAUUUAUCGAAGAAGGUUCUUGAUGCUAAGACGACUUUAAACACAAAGAAACAAGACGCCAUAAAGGCUUAUCAAGAGCUUAAUGAGCUGAAGUCCACGAUGAAGUCGCUACAAAACAGGAUGCAGGUGGCAGUUGAUGAGUAUAAGCAAAUAGAUAACACUGACAAGGAAGUGAGCAAUAUUCUGAACUUCAAAGAAGCCGGUCUCAAUCAGGGAAAGGAGACAAAUCUCAAAGCCCUUGCAGGUGAACUGGAAUCUGCUCAACUAGAGUUUCAAACCAAGAAAGAGGCUUAUGAAAAAAGCCUGGAAAUGAUAGAGCAGUUGAAAUUAGCAGAAGUUGCAGCAAGGCAAAGGCUUCUGUUGAACUAUGAAGCCUAUUGUGCAGACUUCAAACCUGUCUGUAUGACAACCGAAAAAGGAAAGGAGCGGACCCUCGACGACACGUUAGAAAAUACAGCACCCAGUGGGUCAUUGGCCGUCUUCAACGGAGCUAUGAAGAGGGCUGGUCUAACGAAGAGAAAGUAA